ACUCAACGUGCUGGCGUCAGCUAUAAAACCGUAUCCCCAUACCUCAGAGUCCUUCACUUCGGCAGUUCUGGCUUGUCAAAGUCAAGAGGUGGAUUGAAAAGUGCAUUCUCAGAUUCUUUUUAUUAUUACAUACUGAAUAACGCUUUCACCUACGAGGAACCAACGAGGGAUUGACUACCUGACGCACUGAAGACUACUCAACGACAAGUGCUAUAACAGCCAGGGACUGUACACCAUUUCAAAUUCUUACCUACGGACCUACAUCCCAGAUCUGGACCAUUCCUCUCUGGCCUCGAGCCACUACCUCGACCACCAGUUACCAUGGACAACAUCACCACACCUCCCAAAUCCCCCCUCAUCACCAACAUAACCUCUCCCCCAACCUCCACCCUCCUCCCUUACAUAAGCCUCAACACUCCCUCCACCCUCCUCCUCAACCUCUCCACCCUCCUCGCCGCCCUGCUCACAAUCUACUACAUCCACAACGACUACCUUCUCUUCCUCUCCCUCGGCCCCGGCGGCACCCCCUCCACACCCCUAGGCUACCUAAAAAUCAAACUCCUCUCCCUAAUCUCCCUCCGCGACCCUCUCCGCCCCCUCCCCAUCCCCCCACACUUCCGCCCUCAAAAAGGGUACCUCACACCUACCUCCCUGCCCAAACGCCAUGGUCCCAGACCAGUAAUCAGGGGGAUCGCGCCGCAACGACAAAAAACCGACAUCUCCCCCCCACAUAUUUACCAAGCCUUCGUCCAUGAACUCCAACUCCUGGCCGCGGAUCCGGAAAACCUGCUCGUCGAGCGGACCAGUUGUUUUGAGAAGCACAGCUCGGGACUGUUUUCCACGGCGCCGAUUACAAGGACCUGUGGCGGCGAGGUGUGUCAUGUGCAUCCUUCAGAUGGCAGUUUGCACUUGACUUUGCAUCCGGCGGAUGCUAGGAUCUUGAUUGAAGCGGGGCGCGGGGAACGGCAUCCGUUGGCGAAGGGCGGGUGGUUUAGACGGUUUGUGCCCAAGGAGUUUGUAUUGGUGUAUGCGCCGAGGGAUGCGGAGGAGGUGAGGGUUGUGAGGGAGGUGGUGGCGGCGAGUGUGUGGUGGGUUAGUGGGUUGGAUGUGCUUGGGCAUGGGAGGGGGGAUAGGAUGGUGGCGAGGGGGUGGGAUGGAGAGGAGGUGAGGGGGGAGAGGGAGAGGUGGUGUGCAUGUAGGAUGGGGAGUUUUGCCAAGGGAGAGGGGGAGAAGAUGAUGGGGAGGGCGUGAUGGGACUUUAGGAGAGGAGGCGGAGUUACCAGCAGAGGAUGAACGAGGGAUAUGAUUCUAGCGGUUGUUAGGCCUUUGACAUCUCUAGAGUUGACGCAUUAGGGCAUUGCGUAUACCGCAUUGCAAGAUCACAUCCAUCACAAGGGCGCUCAAGACAUGAUGAAUGAUGAAAAUUCACGGCAGCAUCUGAUUUUUCCCCAAUAGAUAUAUACACUAG